AGGAGCAGUCGGGAGUGCUUCUCCUUGCCGUAAAUCUAAAUUCUCAUGCCGUCGCCCCGAUGUUGAAGAAAGAUAAAGUCUUUCUUGGAAUGCUGGGCUAAAGCUGCUCUGUAGAUCUGACCAAGAUGCAUAUGUCACUGCAGAUUCUGAUCUUAGUUACUCUGUCAACAGGUGUCAUGGGGAACCGGGAUGUAGAGGAGCUGAAGUAUGUGACCACUCUGGUAUCACCUAACUUUCCAGACCCAUACCCUUACGAUAGCAGCCAAGAAUACAUCGUUGAAACUUCACCGGAAGACAAGAUGAUAAGCGUCCUGUUCUAUUCGCUCGAGAUCGAACGAUUUUGGGACCUGCUGAGUUUCACACACACUUCGCACCAAGACAACACUGUGACGUCAUAUCGACUUGGCACGAAUGAAGUGACAUCACUGUCCCUUGUGAGUGGCCAUCUCGCAGUUCGGUUUUGCAGCGACCGGGCUAUGGAUCUGAAAGGCUUCGCUUUGAACAUAUUCACAGCGGAUAACCUCAUUGUCACGAACACAACUGAUGACUUCAUCUGUGCAUCUGGAACCCAGAGCAUUUCCCAAAACUCCCAUUGUGACAUGAUUGUUGACUGUCAUGAUUUCUCAGACGAAGAUAACUGUGGAGUUUGCCCUGAUGAAGCCUUUCAUUGUCGUGAGAGUAAUGUGUGUAUCUUACCCAGACUUCAAUGCGAUGGAUGGCCAGACUGCCCUCAUGGGGAUGACGAGGAGAUGUGUGAAAUGAUAAAAUGUCCCUCUGAUUGUUCUUGUGGUGAGUCCUUCUUCUAUGCCGGAUGGGGACCCCGGUCACAACCCUGUAGCAAACCCGAAUGGCUACCAUUCUGGGUAAAUUGCACUACAACCUGGAAUGGAGACUACGCUAAGAGCUCUGCGGUCAAAUCCACUGUCAUAAACUUGAGUGGGACUCCUUUAUUUGGCAACCUUGAAGUAUCUUCAUUUUACGGUCUCCAUCAACUUCAUGCCAUCUACUUGGAUUCGUGUCAACUGGAAUAUUUACCUCCCGGUAUUUUCAGAGAUAAUACUCGAGUUUGGCGGAUGGCACUGCUUAAUAAUAGUCUGACUUUCCUUGAAAACGGGACGUUCGAAGGACUCACAAAUCUCCGUGCCUUGUACAUGGAACACAACCUAAUUGCGAGGCUGGAUGAGGGCUGUUUCCGGGGACUGAACAAUAUCCUUAUUAUGGACUUGGAGAGCAACAGCCUGAGUGAUUUAAGACAUGGAUCUCUUGCUGAUAUGGGAGGCUCUUUACAACGUUUAAUUUUUGAAAACAAUUUCAUCAGAUCCAUCAAUUCCUCGCUCCUUGCUGGACUUGAAGAUUCACUGGUUGUUCUGAAUUUGCAGGGAAAUCCAAUUGAGGAAAUCGCCCCGGAAAGCUUUACGCAAAUGAGAGCCCUCGAAGACCUACACCUUUUGUCGGCGAAAAAGAUCAACCUCUAUCCCGAAAUCCUCAAGUUUGGCCCGAGUUUUCAAACACUAUUUGUGUUUGACCCUCGGAUAUGUUGUAUCAUGCCUGAUAGUUUGACCUGCACCAUCAUCGAGCCCCCGCACCCUCUCUUCACCUGUCGUAAAACAUUCCUCCAAAACGAUGCGGUCACAGUCUUUAUCUGGAUCUUAGGAAUCAGUGCCCUCGUCGGUAAUGCGAUCGUCGUCUUCAUGCGCCUCACCACCAGUUCGCCCAACUCGACGCCCAUAGCGUCCAUUCAGUCCACGCUGAUCACCAACCUUGCCGUUGCGGACUUCCUCAUGGGCGUCUACAUGGUGAUCCUGGCUGUCAUGGAUCUGGUGAUCGGGGACACGUAUUUCUGGGGAGGCAGGGCCGAGGAGUGGCGGUCUAGCCUGACUUGCCAGAUAGCUGGCUUCGUAUCCUUCCUCAGCAGCGAGGCUUCCGUCUUCAUGCUAACCCUGAUCAGCGUCGAUCGCUUCAUCUCCAUCAUCUUCCCGUUCAGUCUUCGGCGACUCACCGUAGGUUCUGCCCGUGUGGCUGUGUCCAUGAUCUGGAUCGGAUCCAUCCUCCUCGCCAUCGGUUCUAUCCUCGUCAACCGUUCCAACCCUGACGCCUACAGCCUCAGCGAUGUCUGCGUUGGUCUUCCGCUCAUCCGGAAGCUCACCGAUUUCAACUCCGAGUUCGACACCUACACGUUUUCCCAGUUCGGCCACACCCGGUACAACAUCAUUGCCUCGUCGUCCAUCUCGACCUGGCAGUUCUCUAUCGCUGUAUUCCUGGGACUGAAUCUCAUCAGCUUCGUGGUCAUUCUCCUCUGCUACAUCGCCAUCUUCAUCAAGGUUCGUCUCACCCGCAAGGAGGUCGGACGCAAGGCCGCUGGUUCCUCUGAUGACGUUAGGAUGGCGCUCAAGAUGUCCCUCAUCGUCGGUACGGAUUUCUUCUGUUGGAUGCCCAUCAUCGUCCUCGGUAUCCUGGUCCAAUCCGACGUCAUCAUCCUCAGCUCCGAUGUCUAUGCCUGGCUGGUUGUCUUCGUGCUGCCCAUCAAUUCUUCUCUCAAUCCUUUUCUCUACACACUCAUCGAACGACUCCAAAAAUGAUUGCAUCACAGAAACAAGAACAAGCGAAUCUGAGGUCCGUUGCAGAAAAAUUUGCAAUCAAACGCAACUUUAAAAAUCAUUCGCAACUCGGUUUUCAACCAAUCAGAGGCGCGCAUUCGGGAUCUGCACUUGAUUUUGUGGGGUUUCGUUUAAGCAACUCUCUUUCUGCAACGGGGCCCUCUGGUCAUUUGACAGUUGCAAUGAGAUUUUUAGAAGGGGAUAUCUCAGCACGCACAUACUCACAUCCACCCAGACAUCCCCCCACACACACAUACCCUGAUUGAAGUUUAUCUUUAGUUCUGGUAAAUCCCCUAAAGUGCAUGUCACCAUUCGAAUUCAUUACUAUUAUUAUUAUACGAAUGUGCAUGUCCUUAACAGUUAUGAUGUGAAGGGUAUAUGAAAUAACUAUCUUUAAUUGGAUAAAUGUUGCGACUUUGCAUGUUACGAUGUUUAAAAAGUUAAUUGUCAUUAGAAUUCAUAAAUUAAAUAGCGGGUUAAGGAACCAUUGACCCAAAAUGUCGACUUUUUCCCCCCAAAUUAGACCCCGACUUACCUUUAUUUCGUACUUCCGCCAUCCUCUUUCACCCUAAAUGAGCUGGGAACAUGAUGAUAAAGGCAUUCACAAAAAAAGAAAGAUAAAAGUGGAGAUUUGGCGAAAAUCACUCAAAAAUAUCCGAAUAGUUUGUGUUUUGUGACGUCACAUUCAAGCACCCCCCCCCCCCCACGGUUCAUCACCUUCUAAAGAGUAAUUUUCUCGGGAAAUCGAUAUAGUUUCGCCCGCAUGCAUCCUUAUCACCAGAAACGCCAUUUUAUAUACACUGAACAAAAAAUAUAUGGGAUAGCUGCUGGCGAUUCACGCCACAGCGUAAAAAUUAAAAAAAAAAACGUGAUUCUCUUAUUCUUCGAUAGCUUUUUGUUUUUCACCAGUAUUUUCAUAAUUGGAUUUUUGUUAUUGUCAAAAUCAAUUUGUCGACACGGGGAACUUCACCUUUUCAACAAAAAAUGCCUUACUAUUUAUGUAAACUGCAUUAUAUUAAUCAUUAUUGAUAUCAUUGUCAUUUAUUUCUACACGUUGUAAUAUUUGAUAUCUGAUUUUUUUUCUUUUUCGAUUCUAUAUUAACAAAGUGAACCCCAAAUAAAAUCGUAUAGAUUAAUAUGUUUUUUUAAUACAACAAAACGAGGGUGCGUGCCCUUGCAUGGGCAUACUGGAGAAUUAAAAAACAGUAUCAAAUAUAUCAAUAUAUCAAAGGCACCCACCGCCUGCCCCAGACAACUAUUUCAAUUAAGGGCGAUUGAUUGCAUGGUCAGGAAUAUAUCAGAGCAACUGAAUGAUAAAAUAACAAUCAUUAUUCAUAAUAAUAUUGGUUGGUAAUAAUGUCUGAAUAAAGUUGAACGUACCAUCAUACGCAUAUAGUAAAUUGAAAGUGAAGAGGGUGAAAAGUUUGUGGACGGGAAAACGAUGUGCUCACGGAAAAGGGGGGUUUGUAUUUUUUUUGUUUAUGUUUCGUAUAUAACGAAAACAGACUGUAAUGUAUUUACAUCUUUUUACAGUGUAACAAUUUUGUGCAAUAUUUAUAUUUAUUUUUUAUAUGUCUAAUGAUUUCACAGAUUAUAUCAUGUUAAAGGAAAGAAAAUAUGUUUCUUUGUCAUUGAAUUGAACUAAACACGAUGAACCAUCGAUAAAUAUAAUGUCAGUCGUGUGGAACUGUUUGUAUGCAUGUAUUCAACUUUUUGAUUAAAUUAGCAUUAUCACCUUCACUGUCUUGAUUUGGGGAGCGUUUCAUCAACGUUUGUCGACUGACAAAUAAUACCUCAAUCACAUUUCCCGUACGGCGAGUCGAAAACAGCCGUUUUAACAUAUUUGUGUACCAGAUAUAUAGUGAAGGUGGUUUGAAUAAAAAAAGAAAUAAAUCGGCUGUUAUAGACUCGCCGAACGGCUGCCGUAGGAGAAAUGUGACUGGGGUAUAAUUGGUCAGCUGAAUCUGACAUCUUACCUUGCUUAUGUCGGACCAUAAUGGACAGUACUAUAGUUACCGCCGGAUAAAACAGAUAGACUUCGUCGGAUGAAAUAUCCGACAUAAUGUCCGACCAUAAUGGACAGUACUUUAGUUACCGCCGGAUAAAACAGAUAGACUUCGUCGGAUGAAAUAUCCGACAUAAUGUCCGACCAUAAUGGACGUACUAUAAGUUACCGCCGGAUAAAACAGAUAGACUUCGUCGGAUGAAAUAUCCGACAAGUUCUUCCAUGAAACGCUACCUAAAUAUGCAGCUGAACAUUCAUGAUUUUGAUUUCUGAUGAUUAGAAUUUCUCACUAUGCAAAUAACACUUGUGUGUGUUCACGUGAGCUUUAAAUAAAUUGAUGCCUAACAUUGACUAUUUGUUUGUGAUUCUUUAUUGUUGUAAUAGUAUCUAUUUCAUUUAAUAUUUUUAUGUAAACAAAAAUAAAUGUUCAUUAUACGUGUCUUACCUC